AUGCACCAGCACCACCAGCCAGAGCCGCCCAGCGCCGGCGGGAAGCCCGACGACGGUGCUCAGCAGGAAUCCAGUGACGUUUCGCAGACGCCCUCGACCCGAGAUGGCGUGGACAGCAACACCCAUCCUGACGACUACGAUGCAGAGACGGUUGAGCGCAUAUACAGAAAGCUCGACCUGCGAAUCAUCCCUGCCGCAGCUUUCUGGAUUCUUUACUUUCUCUGCUCCGCCAUUCGUUCCAACAUUGGCAUCGCCCAGACCAUGAACAAAGACCGAGGACACGAUCUCGUCACCAUGCUGGGCCUUUCUCCCAGGGACGUCUCCACGGCCCUCGCUCUCUUCUACGUAUCCUACGUUGUCUUUGAUUUCCCCUCCAAUCUCGUCAUGAGCAAGCUGAGCCCCAGGGUCUGGAUGGCCCGCAUCGUUUUCGCAACCGGCAUCGUCGGAGCCUGCUUCGCCGCUGUCCACGACGCCCGGUUCCUCAAGCUGCUGCGCUUCCUGCUCGGCCUCGUCAUUGCCGGCAUGUGGCCCGGCAUGGCCUUUUACCUGACCCUCUUCUACCCCCCUUCGCGGACCGGUAAGCGCAUCGGCAUGUACUUUACCGCUGCCCAGGUGUCCGCUGCCGUCGUCGGCCUCGUCUCGGCGGGCUUCCAGCUCAUGGACGGCGCCGGGGGCCUGGUGGGAUUCCAGUGGAUGUUCCUCAUCUACGGCCUCGUCGCCGUGAUGCUGAGCAUCGUCCUCUUGUGGUGGCUCCCCGAUCGGCCCCUGCCUCCGGGUCGGCAGCGGGAGCGAUCCGGCUGGCUGCAAUGGCUGCCGGCGACCCCCGAGGCACUCACUGGCCGGGAUGCCGUCGUUCAUUAUCACGAUCUCCGUCGAGUCUACCACGCCCAGCCCUGGACUCUGAAAGACUUGGGCGCUGUCCUCCUGGACUGGCGCUUGUGGCCGUUGUGCUUGAUGUACUUUGGCGUGGUCGGGGUCGGCAUCGGCACCCAGCUGUACGGCUCCGUCAUCAUCGCAGCCAUUCAGCCGCAGGCGACUGCUAUACAGGUCUCUCUCUUGUUUGCACCCAUCUGGAUUAUGGACUUGAUUGCCAUUCUCCUCGUCACCCCUAUAUCCGAUCGCUUUCACUGCUACCGAGCCUUCUUCUUCUCCGCAUCUGCCUGCGUCCAGAUGGCCGGACUCCUCGUGACCACGUUUGCGCUCAGCAAUGGAUGGGCGCGCUACGGCGGACUGCUCAUGGUAGGCUUUGGCCUCGGGCCUACCGUGCCAAUAUGCAUGGCCUGGACCUCGGAGGUCUUCCAGCAUCGGCACGGCGAGGUGGGUGUUGCCGCCGCGACGGCCCUCGUGUCCGGACUGGGCAAUCUGGGUAGCGUCACGACGACCUAUGCGCUGUACACGGGCUGGCCGGAGGACGCAAAGCGUGGCCAGCAUCAGUUUCGCGGAAGUAACCUGACCAUGGUGGGCAUACUGGGCAUGAGCAUUGCGAGCGCCUUGCUCAUGACGGUCCUGCUCAAAUUUGUGGGCAAACCCCCGAGCACCAAGCUCCGCGACGGCGACUCGGCCGGCGUGAUGGAGGACGGGGCUGCACGCCGCGAGACUCAGCAGCGCGGCUUUGGACGGCUCGACCGCUGGGUGAGGGCGCGAUGGGCAUAA